UCAUAUGCGAAUGGUAAAAAAUAAAGAAGAAAAUCGCAUGCAGAUGAAAGCUUUUUCGUCCAACUUAAAAAAAAGUAAAAAACUAGAAGUUUGCGCAUGCUUUUGGAGUAAAAAAGUGCAAGUGCCUUGAAAUUAAUAUCAACGGAUAAUUUAACAUCAAAAUACAGUUGUUUUGUUGCAGUUUUCCAAGCUGCUACAAAUAAAGACGGAGAGCAGAAACUCUUUCGAAAAACUUAUUAAAGCUAUCAAUCAGCCUAAGAAAUGGACGAAGAUGGGAAAUUUAUUUUGAACCCCGACUGCCUCUUGGAGAUAAUGAAUUACGUGAUUACUGAUUGCAAGUUGAAAGGCCAAAAUGUCGUGCAGUGUUCUUCAAAUUAUGAUGAUUUAAUCCACUUUGUAUUGGCCGAUGAAGUCUUUUGGGAGUUGCUCGUAGUUCAUCACAAACGACUAUACGAAGAUCUUGAGAUGGCUAUUUCCGCCAAAAUCAUAAAGCUUCUGAUAGAUAUGCGAGUCAACAAGAUACCAAGCGAAAAUGAACAUUGCUGGGGAUCCUACCUACGAUCUAUUAGAGAAAAAAGUCCUUACAAUGUGGAAUUAUCUUUUGAGGAUGAUAAAGAAAAAAGGGACCAUACUUACGUAAACAUUAGUAUAAAAGGAAACUCAACGCACCUUACAAACACCGAGAAGUUAAAGUUAAUAAAUGGUAACAUUACUACACAAGAGUUAACUUACAUCUGCAUCUUGAACCAAACCAAUUUAAAAUUGUUGACCUUUGAAGGCAGUAAAAUCCAUGGAAGCUUUUCCGAUAUAGUACCCUUUUGCGAAAAUCUUGAGGAGCUGAGAAUAAGUUUGAUACCAGGAGACGGUGCUGCCCAAUAUGGAUCGCUUGCUAAGUUACCCAACUUAAAAACGUUUGUUCUUUCUGGAAUCCAAGAGAGCGGCUCACAAUUGCUAUUCUUCAAUGAUUUAAGAAAAUGGAGCAGACCUAAAAGUCUUCAACCCUUGACCUUGACCAUCGAAGAUUGUCUUAGUGAUAAACGUCAGCCUAUUGCUUUUGCAACAUGGGACUCGUUGAGAUAUAUGCACAUACAUAACUAUGAAGUUAAUAGUUGGCAGAUAACAAAACUAAAUGUUUUAGUUAAAUUUGAGUACGAUCUUUGUGAGCUAUCGGAAGACAGUAGUUCAAUAGAGGAAUCUCUUGCCACAAUAACUUUGGGAAAAUAUGUAAAAGUUAAAUUUAGCAGAUGUAAGGAAGAACUUGAGGUUAAAAUACAUCGAGAGUCGGACAUCAGCCAAAUGGGUUCCUUAUCCAAGCUGCCCAAUCUAAAACGCUUGGUCAUACAUCAUAAGUGUAACUACUUAGAUUAUCCUGAUACACUUGCAACAUUUUUACAGGCAAUGGGACCAUCUGAUUUAAAAUUUUGCAAGAUAAACUAUUCAACAAUAGAUGAACUAGAGUGCAAGGAACUUUCGAAAAUGAAAUCAAUUCGAUAUCUAGGCUGUCAUCCCUACGAUUGGAAUUCAACCAAGUUUAUAAGUCAAUUAUCUAACCUACAACACCUACAAAUAAAUGUCCGCCGCGAAGCGCUUAAUGACAAUAAUUCAGAGCUGGUUCUCAACUUGCUUAAUGCAUGUCAGGUGCAAGCCUCUAUAAUGACCGAAGUGUUUCGUGUUACCUUAAAAAGGAAUGAAAACAAAAUGGAGAUACAUAUAUUUUGGAAUAGCUUUAGGGCCGAUAUUCUGGCACCCCUUGCCCAACUUACGGGCGUUAACACCCUCCAGAUCUCAGGGUGUCCAAAUACUGGAUCACUAAACCCAUUCUUCCAAGCAUUCGCCACCAGUAAUUUAAAUACAAUCGAAGAAAUAGAUCUCAGCCAAAUGGAAAAAAUAAGUUUUGACGAUAUUUCUAAGGUUGCAGGAAUUAAAACUUUAACGAAACUUACUUGUUGUCUCUCAGAUACUACUGGAAUUGAAAAAUUGGCAAGCUUGAAUAAACUCGAAGAUAUAGACAUUUUCGGAAAUGGAAACCUGGCCGCAUUAUUCAUAAAACUGGCUGAGAAGGAUUCAAUUCAACGUAUUCGAUAUUCCGAAGGACUUGAUCCCGAAGAGGUCAUAAGAGUUUCCCGAAUAAGGUCACUGAAAAAACUAGAUUGCUUUUUUACUGACGUGGAAGAUGUGCCAUCGUUGUCCGACUUAGCUAACUCAAGUAUUGAAGAAUUGAUUGUUAAAGUAUCAAAGCCAACCUGUUCCCUGCUGAAAUUAUUUGAAGCGUUUUCUUCGUGUCGUUCAUCUAGGCUGCAGCACCUGGAAGUUACGAACAAAACUCUUGACAUCACUGAAAUGACAGAAAUUUCAAAAAUAAAAGGCCUAAAAACAUUACGCACAGGAUUCUUAUGCUUGAAAAGUGCGGCAAUUUUAGAUCGUUUAGUCAAUCUGGAGAAUUUAGUUAUAAAAAAUAAUGUUUUGGCACUUAAAUCACUACCUAUGUUACAGAAAUUGCAUUUAUGUUACCAGAUUGGCUUCAGCGAAUGUAACAAUUUAGUUGAGCUUGAAAAACUGGAAUCCUUAAAAUGCUCGUUAGCCAAAGAAUCGGGUAUUGAAGUUUUGGCCAAUAUAAACAAUUUAAAGGAACUAUUCAUAUUAAAAACAAAGGAUUCGCUUACUAAACUUUAUCGAGCGUUUGCUCUUAGAAGUCAGUCAACGCUAAGAGAACUGCAUACACAAAUAAGUAGUUCCGAUGAGAUCCGCGAAAUAUCGCAAAUUAAAUCGUUAAUAACGCUUAAUAUUGGCUACAAUAGUACAUGUGAUAACUUAUCAGACCUUGGGCAACUUAGCGAACUUAAAUCGUUGCAUAUAGUUAGCUCUGAAAAUUCCAGUAUAGAUACCGAUAGCAUAUUGCUGAUUAUUAAAUUUUGUAAAAAUCUCGAUUGCGUCACUUUGGAAUUUAAAAGAGGACAAAAAGUGGCUGUGAACUUUGUGAGCAAAGUGAACAGCAUUUUAAAAUCUAUAAGGAACAUUGGACUUCAGAAACCUUUACAGCUUACUCUAGUUGAAUCAACAGUUUUCCCAAAAUUCCAUGUUGAUGAUAUCGAUGAAUCAUACUUAAACGUUGUCUAUUCCUACAAAACACAUGACCCAAAUUUAAUUGUAGAUUUUAUGUCGGAUGGUGAAGAAUCUGACGACUCUGAAACCUAUGAUAUUGACUGGUAUUAGAUUGUUUAAUAAAAAAUUUACAAUAUUAUCAAAUAUUUUGUUUAAUAAAUAAAGUUAAUGUUGUUCGUUCAAACUUCUAAA